GACAGUGGAGAAGUGACGAGAUUGAGAGAAUCGAGGCGAGAGAGAGAGAGAGACAGGGACGAUUCGGUUUAGAGCUCUCGUAUGAGGUAUAUUUCAAUUUCGUUUUCGGCGAUAUCUUGUGUCGCAAAUGUCAAUAAAACGAAAUUUAGUAGAUUGUUGAUGAAAGUCAUUGGCUAUAGACUCUGUUAUCCUAAAGAAGAUUAGUCCAUAGACUCUGUUACCCCUCCAGGUUUUAACCAAGACCCCCCCUACCUUGAUCUCUGAAUGCCAGUUUGAUGCGUCAUGGCAUGGAAAUGAUCUACUUAGCAGUCAUGGAUCUCGUAAUAGCCUUUUCUCGCAUGUAAACUUAUUGGUUCCUGAAUGGCUAUGAAAUAAUCUUUGGCAUGUGUUCGAGAGCCCAUAGAGUCAUGUUCAGAUCGAACGCAAGAGCGUUGAAUAGAGCAUUGGAGAGACUAAAGAAUGUGCAGACCAAGGUGAAUGAAGCUCUUAAGAGAUCAGGGAUCCAAGAGAAAUCUUUGGAGCGAAAGCUGAGGAUAUGGCUAAGAAAGGUCGAAGAGAAUGUGCCUCUUGGUGAGCUGAUUUUGGAGAAACGCUCUUCAUGUGCUAUAUGGCUGAGCGACAAAGAUGUGGAAAUUCUUGAGAAAGUCAAAAGGCUGGAGGAGCAAGGCCAAGAUCUCAUAAAAAAGAUUUCAGUCAACAAGUCAUCUAGAGAAAUAGUUGAACGGGUCUUGGGGCCUUCAUUUCAUCCUCAAAAAACAGCACUGGAGAUGUUGGAUAAGCUAAAGGAUUGUUUGAAGAAGAAGAAUGUUCAAAAGAUUGGUGUUUGGGGUAUGGGCGGUGUUGGGAAGACAACACUUGUCAGGACGCUUAACAAUGAUCUCUUGAAAUAUGCUGCUACUCAACAGUUUGCUUUGGUAAUUUGGGUGACAGUGUCGAAAGAUUUUGACUUAAAAAGGGUCCAGAUGGACAUAGCCAAGAGACUGGGCAAGCGAUUUACAAGGGAGCAAAUGAAUCAGCUAGGCUUAACUAUUUGUGAGAGGCUAAUAGAUUUGAAAAAUUUCCUCCUUAUUCUUGACGAUGUUUGGCACCCCAUUGAUUUGGACCAAUUGGGUAUUCCAUUAGCAUUGGAACGAUCGAAGGAUUCAAAGGUUGUUCUAACUUCAAGAAGACUAGAAGUGUGCCAACAGAUGAUGACUAAUGAAAACAUCAAAGUUGCAUGCUUACAAGAGAAAGAAGCUUGGGAAUUGUUUUGCCACAACGUUGGAGAAGUAGCAAACUCUGAUAAUGUUAAGCCCAUUGCAAAGGAUGUAUCCCAUGAAUGUUGUGGAUUGCCUUUGGCUAUCAUCACAAUCGGGCGGACCCUGCGCGGAAAACCUCAAGUCGAGGUAUGGAAACACACCUUGAAUUUGCUAAAGAGAUCAGCACCUUCUAUCGAUACUGAAGAAAAGAUCUUUGGUACUUUAAAACUCAGCUACGACUUUCUUCAAGACAAUAUGAAAAGUUGCUUCCUUUUCUGUGCUUUAUUUCCGGAGGACUACUCUAUCAAAGUAAGUGAACUAAUAAUGUACUGGGUCGCGGAAGGAUUGUUGGAUGGACAACAUCAUUACGAGGACAUGAUGAAUGAGGGAGUUACUUUGGUUGAGAGAUUGAAGGACUCUUGCCUGUUAGAAGAUGGUGAUAGUUGUGAUACAGUUAAAAUGCACGAUGUUGUGCGUGACUUUGCUAUAUGGUUCAUGUCUUCUCAGGGUGAAGGAUUUCAUUCUCUUGUCAUGGCCGGGAGAGGUCUAAUAGAGUUUCCACAAGAUAAGUUUGUUUCUUCAGUCCAGAGAGUUUCUUUGAUGGCUAAUAAGCUAGAAAGACUACCUAAUAAUGUGAUAGAGGGUGUGGAAACAUUAGUUUUACUACUACAAGGGAAUUCCCAUGUUAAGGAAGUUCCUAAUGGGUUCUUACAAGCAUUCCCAAACCUUAGAAUCUUGGAUCUCAGUGGUGUUCGUAUAAGAACAUUGCCAGACUCCUUUUCAAAUCUUCAUAGUUUGCGGUCUCUUGUGUUAAGAAACUGUAAAAAAUUGAGGAACCUGCCUUCGCUAGAAUCCCUUGUUAAACUCCAAUUUCUUGAUCUACAUGAAUCUGCCAUUAGGGAACUUCCGAGAGGUCUUGAAGCGUUGAGCAGCUUAAGAUACAUUUGCGUUUCCAACACAUAUCAACUCCAGAGCAUUCCGGCUGGAACUAUUCUCCAGUUAUCAAGUUUGGAGGUUCUAGACAUGGCGGGGAGUGCUUAUAGUUGGGGCAUCAAGGGAGAAGAAAGAGAAGGACAAGCAACACUUGACGAGGUUACAUGCCUCCCUCAUUUGCAGUUUCUUGCCAUUAAGCUCCUCGAUGUCUUGUCCUUUUCCUAUGAAUUUGAUUCUUUGACCAAAAGGCUAACAAAGUUCCAGUUUCUAUUUUCACCUAUUCGAUCGGUUUCACCUCCUGGCACCGGUGAAGGUUGCCUAGCAAUCAGUGAUGUCAAUGUCUCAAAUGCAUCUAUUGGGUGGCUACUGCAACAUGUGACAUCACUAGACUUGAACUAUUGUGAGGGUCUUAAUGGUAUGUUCGAGAACUUGGUAACGAAGAGCAAAAGUAGCUUUGUUGCCAUGAAAGCACUGUCCAUUCACUAUUUUCCCAGCUUAAGCCUUGCGAGUGGUUGUGAGUCCCAACUGGAUCUCUUUCCAAAUCUCGAGGAACUUUCUUUGGACAAUGUCAAUCUGGAAAGCAUCGGAGAACUUAAUGGUUUCCUCGGGAUGAGACUUCAGAAACUAAAACUACUUCAAGUCUCUGGCUGCCGACAGCUUAAACGUCUUUUCUCAGACCAAAUCUUAGCAGGUACUCUGCCAAACCUACAAGAGAUAAAGGUUGUCUCAUGUUUGAGGUUGGAGGAGCUCUUCAAUUUUUCUUCAGUGCCAGUUGAUUUUUGUGCUGAGUCUUUGCUACCUAAGCUAACUGUCAUAAAACUCAAAUAUCUUCCACAAUUAAGGAGCUUAUGCAACGACAGAGUGGUGCUCGAAUCCCUGGAACACUUAGAAGUCGAAUCUUGUGAAAGUUUAAAGAACUUACCCUUUGUCCCCGGCAAUACUGGUAUGAUCAACGAACAAAUGGCGUGGGAAUACAUGUCUAGGACUCUAGGGUAAAAGAUGAUCCAG